GAUCAGUUGACGCUGUACUGCGGCGUGCGGUCGAGACACGAGAGUAACGUACCGUCUUUUCGAGAAACGGAUGGACUUCUAACCGCGAAUAUCACUUUGUCAUUCGCACGGCCUCGUCGGGCGGUCUAUUAGGUUGUGUUGCGUUUGGUUAUUUGGAUUUUUGGGAUUAUUGGACAAGUGUGCCGGUGGUGGUGACGGGUUGGUCCACGGAAUUACGUGUGUUUGAUUGGAUAGUCUCGGCUGUUGAGAGCUCUAUGGGCUUCGGCAGUUUCCCUGCCUUUCUCCGUGGUAUUCGUGACAAGGCUGCGCAGGUUCAGAGCCAGAUCGACUACAGAUUAACUGGACCAGCGGUGAAGAGUCAGUGCUAAUUUCGUUUGUCACUCGUCUGAUUUUUCUUCGUCCCUUUGAUUUUUCGGCGAGGGAGACGAGAGGUCAGGGCUGACGUCACGAGGGGGUUUAUCAUCGCCGCUGAAUACCCCAGCACAAUGGAUAUUAGAAAGUACUUCAAGCACAUACGAUGGCCGAUUCACGCGGCUUCAAGUCAAUAGACCCGCUGUGGAGUGGUGGUGUACCCCUGGAUCCCGAGUACGAGGAGGUGACUGGUGUGGCCGCCUCGCUCGAUCAAAAAAAUUCAACAACGGAGUCCCUAGAGCGCGCACGAAAGAAGCGCAAGGUCCUGCAGGAGGAGGCAGCAUCGCGCACACCAAGUGUACGUAGUCGUGACGACAGCCGUUCACGCAGGCAUACGGAGGAGAAAGUAACAACGACUGAUCAUCAGCAUCGCGAGCCCUUUGGCUUCAGGGUGGAGGAGCAAUAUGCCGUACGCGGAUUUUACGGUGAUAAUGUACAAGGCCCGUACGAGGCAUCAGCCUUCAAGCUGACGAGGGGACACAGCACUGGCCGUUAUCCCCAGUCAACUGCUGAGCAUCAUCAUCAUUAUUACUAUCCUGGCAGUGUGAGACAGCCUGGUGGUAGACCAGCGCAACGUCAUUACUAUUAUCCACGUGGGGUAUUCAGUAAUGAGACGCAGGAAGAAAUACAGGAGGACGAUGAAGCCACUCUCAGGGAGUUGCUCAUAAGUCUGCAGAAACAGGUCAGCGUGAUGAGUAUGAACUUGAGUGCCAAGCUGGAUGAGCUACAGCGGGGUGACCGCCAGCUCGAGACCACUGUAGCUCUGUGUGAAAUACGUACGCAACUUCAGGAGCUCACUAAGAGUGUUGAGUCUUGUCAGAGCGAGGUCAGCGAGGUCAAACGUGAUAUGGUGGCGAUUAAGCAUGAGCUAGACACUGUGCAGCAGGUGAAGGAGGAGAUCGAGGAGUUGAGGGAGUAUGUGGACAGACUGGAGGAACACUCGCAUCGCAGGAAACUGAGGCUCCUGGAGCAGGGGCUGACGUUUUUCCUCGCGUAUGCGAUAUUCGCUGCAGUCCUGGGGAUGCUGCAGUUUGGCUAUAAUACCGGAGUGAUAAAUGCACCGUCAGGGCAAAUUGAGAAUUUCAUGAAAGAUGUGUAUAAAGACAGAUAUGGCGAUGACAUGUCGGAUAAGUCUGUUAAGAGGUUGUUCUCAUUGGCAGUUAGUAUAUUUGCUAUUGGGGGUAUGGUCGGUGGUAUUAGCGGGGGCGUUAUAGCCAACAGAUUUGGCAGAAAAGGGGGCUUACUGUUGAACAACAUGCUGGGCAUCGUGGGGGCAUGCCUUAUGGGUUUUACUAAAGUUGCCCACUCAUACGAGAUGCUAUUCUUGGGUCGUUUCGUAAUUGGUAUUAAUUGUGGAUUAAAUACAUCAUUGGUACCCAUGUACAUAUCGGAGAUAGCGCCAUUGAAUUUGAGAGGCGGCCUGGGCACGGUAAACCAGCUCGCUGUUACGGUGGGCCUCCUAAUCUCCCAGGUGUUGGGAAUUGAGAAGAUACUCGGUACAAAUGAUCGUUGGCCGAUACUGCUGGGUCUUGCUGUUGUUCCUGCUAUUGCCCAACUUGUGUUACUACCAAUUUGUCCAGAAUCCCCGAGAUAUUUGCUCAUUACAAAGCAGUGGGAAGAGGAGGCACGUAGGGCUUUGAGAAGGUUAAGGGGUAGUAACCAAGUUGAGGAGGACAUAGAUGAAAUGAGGGCGGAGGAAAGGGCUCAACAGGCUGAGUCGACAAUUAAAAUGAGUGAGCUUAUAUGCAGUCCAACGCUCAGGGCACCUCUUGUUAUUGGUGUGGUCAUGCAACUCUCUCAGCAACUUUCUGGUAUCAAUGCUGUGUUUUAUUACUCCACCCAAUUAUUCCACAAUGCUGGACUGACUGAAGAGAGUGCUAAACUGGCCUCAAUCGGUAUCGGUGCAAUAAUGGUGAUAAUGACUCUAGUAUCAAUACCCCUAAUGGACAGAACUGGAAGAAGAACUCUCCAUCUCUACGGUCUCGGUGGAAUGUUUAUAUUUUCCAUAUUCAUCACAAUUUCAUUCCUCAUCAAGGAGUUUUUCAAUUACGUACAGGAAAUGAUUGGCUGGAUGUCGUAUCUAUCGGUUGUCUCGACACUCAGCUUCGUGGUAUUCUUCGCUGUGGGGCCAGGCUCAAUACCAUGGAUGAUAACGGCUGAAUUGUUCUCACAAGGACCUAGACCAGCUGCUAUGUCGAUCGCUGUACUUAUCAAUUGGAUGGCUAAUUUCGUUGUUGGCAUUGCUUUUCCAAGCAUGAUGGCUGUUCUCGACAACUACACAUUCCUCCCCUUCAGUGGAUUCCUAGCAGUUUUCUGGAUAUUUACGUAUAAAAAGGUACCCGAGACGAAGAACAAGACCUUCGAGGAGAUCCUAGCGCUGUUCAGGCACGGUCAUGACAGCAGGAGCAGCUUGCGGGACAGCAGACUUUAUGGGACCAUGCUAAACUGUACGAAUGCGUUAGAGGGACACAUACCACCGGCAGAGAGUGCAGCCCUCAUGGUGGCAGAGGAGAAGCCCCAUCCUGAUUCAUUUGUUUUUGCAGCUGGAUCAGAACGCUCUUCCAUCGCUCCCGCUCAACCGGAAAGAGCACCGCCCCCGCUUCCCCCGCCACGCUUUCCGAACAGCGGUGUCUGACAAUGGGAAACUCCUCUUAAUAUUGGCAACUUUAUGAUAAUGAGUACGCCUAUACCACUGUUACUCAGCACCAACAGUCUCACAAUCGAGAAUCAUCUUUACGAAAUAAUAACCGAGCGCAGCAAAGCGUGCGCCACAUUCCUUCGUAACAGUUUGCGUCGUGCUACUAAUGCCACAGCUAUUUCAUGGAAUGUGGGCCUACCGGAAAUUGAAGUGAGACGCCGUAUCAGCUCGUGAAGAUAGCGUGGAUGGGAUACAAAAGCUCUGGAGAAUAACACUUCUAAUGAAAAAUCAAGAUAAAUAGUUGAUAAUUUAAAUUUAAAAAAAAAAUCGUGCUUCACUUUUCCCAAAAAAGUGUUCAACAGUUUUAAUUCAGUAAAAUUAAUCAAUCGAGGGAUGUUCGUAAUAAUCAACAAAACAGCUUUGCACUAAUUAUUUAAAAUAAAUGAAAGACGUUCGACACAACAAGACACUAAAAAUUAUUUAAUUAGUGGAAUUUAAAGAUGAAUUAUGAAUGAUACUCUGAGUGAUUGCCGAGUGAAAUAGACAAUUAUCAUUAUUUGUUUAUCAUUGCGUUAUCGAACUUGUUGGAAGACUGGGCGAAUUAUUGAAGUGAUAUUGUGGGUGUAACGGAAGGUUUCCAGCGAUUAAAAAACUAUUAUUGAUGAUGAUAAAUUUAUUGCUCAGAAUUUAAUUAGGGAAAUUGAGGAAUUGCGUUCUCAGUGAAGUAUUUUGUGCCAUUUAAAUCGAAUAUGUUUUUUAAUACUCAAUUGACUGGUGACCUUCCAUUAUAUGUACAUAAAUUGAUGUAAAUAAUUGUAUACUCCUAUUUAUAUCGUAUACACUCGUGUAAUUGAGGGGGAAUGUAUAAAUGUACUAUAUUACUCAUUAAUGUGGCAACGGUUGCCACGGAAAAUCAUUGAUUCGAGGUAAAUUGAUCGUUGAAUGAGUUUUUCGUCAUCAUGUGAUUGAUUGUUUGUGUUCAUUGUUAAAUAAAAUUAACAGUUUCAAUUUUAUCAGUAUUAUUCGUUCGUAAUUUAAUGGAUUGGGGUGGGGGGAAAAUUCUAUUGUUCAAGUUUAUUACAAUUCUAAAAUUAUAAAGACUAAAAAUUGUAAUGGUUAAUGAAUUCAUUCGCAAUUUCAUAUCAAUAAUCAAAGGGUAAUAUAGUACAGUUUGUAAUCAGGCUAUAACGAAGGGGUUUUCUCGGUGCACUUUCUUGUAUACUUGGCGAGAGUAGUUGACGAAAGCUUGAUGAAUUAUGGAAGAAAUUCUAACGAUUUUUGGGGUGGGGUGGAGUGAGUUUUAGCAGUUUUUUUUACAAAUUUUGUUUUUCGUUGAUUGUAAUUCCUCUAUAGAAUUUAUUAAAACAAAUAAGAGUUCGAAAAUUCAUGCGCAAGAAUUUCUCUAUUGAUGUAUUGAUUUUCAUCUAUGAAAUAUCUAUGAAAAAAAUCUCAAGGAAAAAUUAAUAAAUGUUAAGUUUUUUUAAAAUUCAUUUUUCUCUUCAAAAAAAUUAGUUUUAUGUUGAGAAUCAUUCGUAAAUAAUUGAAGUAAUAUUCAAAUAAUCUGAUUCCACCCUUCCCCAAUAAACCUCAAUGAUGUGUAAACUCAACUACUCACCAGAUUGUACUAAAAAUUUUCAACCUUCAACUGAUAGAAGAGUUGAAAACAUCUCCUGAAGAAAUAACGUCUGUCUCUACUAAGCUUACGAAACUUCUCGCAAAAAUGAGAAAACACGAUUGAUUGAGUGAUGCGACUUUCACAGUAAUCGAUACGUAAUACUUAAGAAAAAAAAGGAAUCAGACUAUUCACUAGAAAACUACGGAAAAACGUUGGGAAAAUUUAUGAGACGUUGAGGAGAGACAUUAAAGUUUUUCAAGGGUUGAAAAGCGAAGGAAUGAAAUCUACGAAACAGGCAAUAAAAACAGUUGACCCGAUUGAGAGAUAAAUAAAAAGGUUUUCUUCUGCAUUUCUGGUGUAUCCCAGUUGUCUCCGAGAGGUGAAGAAAUUUAUUAUUAACGAUCUAGGAUAGGCAUUUAGGGGUAGAAAGAAAGUAUAACGUACAAGCUCGUUCAAUCGUAAGAAAUGGAGGGAAAAGUAUUAAAAACUGUAGCGAAUGGGUAAAAAUUAUGUGAAAAGUCCAUUCUAUUUCGUUAACUGUGACUUUAUCUCGAUACUAAAUGCAUUCAGAAGAAAACACUGAAAAAAUAUAUUUGCAAAAAAUUUGUUUUGAUGUUUUCCCCUGAAAUAAUUUGUUUUUGGAAGAAUUUCACACUAAAAAAAUGGAAAUUGGAUUUUACAUUUUGCCUUUUCGCUGCAAAAAUAAAUUUCAACUUUGUCACUCGAUGGAGAUGAUUAAUUUAAUUAUAAAAAAAAACCAAGUGCGAUUGGAUUUUUACGACAAAUAUGGCGGUACAAUAAAUUGAAAAAUGAAUCAAGUAAUGAUAGCAUAUCCGUUUAAACAAAACAAUGAAGAGUAAUUAUUAAUAGGCUUAAAAUCGAUGCGUGUGUGUGGAAAGUUGCUGUUACUUUUCGACUCAAAGAACAAUUGGACUAUUGACAUUCUAAUGAGGAUUAAUGAAGUUGAUCAAUAUGUGAUUUUAUAAAAAUCUCGGUUUUUAUAAUCAACGAUGUGAAUUUUCAUCAUUAUCUGCGUGAAAUUGAUGGAUGAUUCGUCCUGAUUCGAGAAUUUACAAUGAGUGAUACAGUGAAAUAGAAUUCAAAUGAAUAAAUAUUGAAUUAAUAAAAAUGGAGGGUAAUUAUUCAUUUUUUCGUCAACUUCGUGAACCGCUCCAUCAAAUAUCCGCUUAAAAUUGAUCACUUCAUUUUGUUAUCGUUUGUAAUUGAUUUUUCAUCAUUACUUUUGUAUUUUUUCAUGCAUUUCAAGCGGAUAUUUAAUCGAAUGGCUAAAUUCUAAUGAAAAAAGACAAAAAUGUAAAUUUAUUCAUCAAUAAAACCCAUUUUUAAACAUGAGGAGUCGACCAAGAGACAAGCAUCCUAUUUUCCAACUAGAAAAUCUUCGAUAACAUCAUUGUGACAUCGGGGCCUGUAACGGAAUGUAAAAACCAAAAUAUUCACCGAAAAAGCGACGAAACAAAUUUUUAAAAAUUUUCUCAUGGUUAUAAUAACUGUAAUUCACUGGGGAAAUGUCACACAAUUUUAUUAGGCGCAGAUUUUCAUAGACAGAUGAAAUUUAUAAGAGUAAAGAAAAGCGAGAAAAAUUAAAUAACUGAGAAAAACAAUCACAAAAUGGCAAUUAAAUCCUCAAUCUCUUCAGUUAAUUACAACAAUGAAUUUUUCAUUUCAACGGAAGUAGAAGACGAAUAAAACUGAAUCUACUGAUUAUUUUUUUUCUCAAUUGAAUAAUCCCGUAAUAGUUUCAACUCAAUGAUUCCUAUAUGAAAAAAUCAUUGAUGCAGAUAGAUAGAGCCUUAAAAGAACUUCAAAACACUGAAAUCUGGAUCCAAAAGAUGCAAGUGAUCACAAUAAAAAAAAAUUCAGAAAUUGAUAACUCACGAGAACAAGUGCAUGAACGCGAGGAAAAUGUAAAAUAUAAGUUCACUGCCAUUCAAAUGACUUGCGCUGAAUAAAAAAAUAAUAAUACGAAGGAGGAAAAAAAUACUUAACAAGCGCCAAAGAUAUUCCAAAUGUGAAUGUGUACAGUUACAUUAAAUAUAAUUACCUAGUUAUAUUUACAUGAAUGAUAUUAAAAUAACGAGUACUAUGUAAAACUCACUUAGAGCAUUGAAGGAAAAUAAAUAAACCAAUGAUACUCAUGAUGGAAAUAUGGUAGGAUUAACGAAAAAUUAAUCGAUUACAGAGCUAUUAUAUAAUGAAUGAAAAUGUUCGUGCACGCUUUGAGUUGAUACUGCUGAAUUUCAAGGAUUACAUAUUAAUUUUCUCAAUAUACCAUUGGGUUUAGCGACGAAUGUCGAAAGACAGCAGUUUCCAAAAUAUUUUUGAAAUAAUGAAAAGACCUUUUGAAUUAUUUAAUUUCAGCAAUUGAGUUUAGCUCACGAAAAAUAUAAAAAAAUCAGUGAUUACGAUUUCCCUCUAUUUCUCAAGAAACGCCUAGUUACUGUCCACUUCAUAAUACUCCUAUACCCAUGGAAUAAAUGUAAAUAAUCGUUAAUACCUUGAAUUAUGAUUUCCAAGAGGAUCUAGCAUAAACGAAUGGAUGUUUUAGAUAAAAAAUAUAUAAAUAAAUAUGAAGUUGAGGGAAUAUCUCUGAACUAUAUUUCACACAUUUUCAAUCCAUAUAAAGCUCUGUGAUUAAAUAAACCAAAGGGAGAUAAACAAUACACGCUAAAUAGAAAUCGCUAAUUUUUAGAAACAAAAAAAUCGAAUUGUGUACAGUGCAAAUGCGAUAGAAAACUGUGUUAACGAGGAAUAAUUUUUCUCUGAGAAUCAGUUUGUAGUAAGUCAGUGAUAAAAGCGAGGGAGGAGUGACACACGAGAUUCACAAAUUAUUUUACUUUAUUUCAUUCGCAGGAAGCUCUGUGUGGACCAACUUCCGUAAGCCGUAUUGAAAGAACAGAUGUGAGAGAAGGGAAAAAAAAGUAAUCCAACAUUGUACCGAGAUAACUUUCUAUAAGUACUAAUCGAAGUAGAAGAAAAUCUGUUAACGCAAGUAUGCAAAUAAUUUUCCUUAAGAAAGAAAAAAAAUUAUUAAAACGAUAAAAAAAAACAAAUUCCCAAUCCUUCAACUUUAUA